CGCCACCUUCAGGUACCAUUAUGACACGUGCGUUGCGGGGUUAAUAGGUGGUAGGUCUCACGAGUCUGAAAUCUGGUUUUCCUCUUCUCCCCUCCAUCUCUCUAAACCGAGUCAGUCAACUGUAGCAAGAUGGCUCAUUUCGAAGCGGCCACUAAAGCCCCGCUGGCUCUUGUUCUGCCCAGCUUGCUGUUGGCGAGCUACCUGGAACGAAACGAGUCGCUUCCCUCAAGCUGGCUACCACUUUCCAAGACGUAUACUCGAGCUGCCUCCCUUCGCAAUGGCGCCUCUGUCCAGCUUACCUCUCCUGGAGCCGAGGGAACAACCUGGAGUGACCGGGAUGUCAUGGAGCAGCUGGUGUCCUCUACAUUGAAGCUACCGCCCCCGCAAAGCGCCUCGGUCCAAGAGUGGGUUCGACGUAGCUACGACUUGGCCGUGAGAAACCCUCAGAACCUGAACCAGUCACUCCUAGAGAUCGAGUCUCAUCUGACCCUACGCACCUAUAUCGUCCGCUACGACCUUUCCCCCGCCGACAUUGCCGUGUGGGCAACCAUCCGAGGCAAUCCUAUUGCCCUGUCCCUGGCCAAGAAGGUGUACUGCAAUGUCUCGCGGUGGUACCACUUUAUCGAGGCUUCUAACCCGUGGUUCGCGGACGUGCUCACCGAUUUCACUGCUGCCGACGUCAAGGAACGCACUCGAGCAAUAGCCGCCGCUUCGGCGGCUGGCGCCAGCUUCGACGUGGUGGCUUUGCCGGAAGUUGACGGUCCCAUGGUUACCCGGUUUCCUCCCGAGCCCUCCGGCUAUCUUCAUAUCGGGCAUGCUAAGGCAGCGCUUCUCAACGACUACUUUGCCCACCGGAAUCCUGGCGGCGUUCUCAUCUGUCGGUUUGACGACACUAAUCCGUCAAACGAGUCGAUGGAUUUCCAAGACGCUAUCGCCGAGGACUUGGCCUUGCUAGACAUCGUUCCCGACAAGACGAGCUAUUCCAGCGACUACUUUCCGCAGAUGUACGACCUGGCUGUCCAGAUGAUCCGAGACGGCAAGGCCUUUGCCGACGACUCGGAGCUCGGCAAAGGCGACGAGAGCAGGAAGAAUCGGCUUCCCUCCAAGCACCGAGAUAUGGGUAUCCAAGAAACGCUGGAACGCUUCCAGGAGAUGCGAACGGGAUCCGCCGAGGGCCAGCGAUGGUGUCUCCGUGCUCGCAUCGCCUAUGAUAGCCCCAACGGCACCCUGCGCGAUCCCGUCAUUUACCGGUGCAACCUCACCCGACACCACCGUACGGGCACGAGCUGGAAGGUGUAUCCAACGUACGACUUCUGUGCGCCCAUCUUGGACUCCAUCGAGGGCGUUACCUUGGCCCUCCGCACCAACGAGUACCGUGAUCGCAAUGCCCAGUACGAAUGGAUACAGCAGGCCCUCGGCCUGCGCCCGGUGCCCAUCUGGGACUUCAGUCGUCUGAACUUUGUGCGCACCGUCCUCUCGAAACGGAAGCUCACGCGCAUAGUGAAGGAGGGCAAGGUCUGGGACUGGAGCGACCCGCGCAUGCCCACGGUUCGAGGCAUCAUCCGCCGCGGCAUGGCCGUGCCCGCCCUCCGCGAGUUCAUCUUGAGGCAGGGUCCCAGCCGUAACAUCCUCAACCUGGAGUGGGGCACCUUUUGGGCCACCAACAGGAAGUACAUCGACCCUGUAGCUCCCCGGCAUACUGCCAUCGCGGCCGACGACGUCGUGUACUGUGAUGUGAGUCACCGCGAUGGCACGCCUGUUGAUGCCGCCGCAUCAGACGUGCCCAAGUACGUCAAGAACCUGAGCCUGGGCACUCGGAAGGUCAAGACGGACAGGAUCAUCAUACUCGAGCAGUCCGAUGCACAGAGCCUAGAGAUCGGAGAGGUGGUCACACUGAUGAACUGGGGCAACGCCACGGUUCGGGACAUCUCUAGGAUCCAGCCGCGUGGUACUGGUGACGCCGGCGCGGCCACUGCCGACGACCACGGCCAGGGCAGCGGUCCGCAUUCUGUCGUGAAACGCCUGGCCCUAGAGCUGGACCUCGACUCGCGCGACUUCAAGAAGACCAAGAAGAUUACGUGGCUGGCGGCCGUGGAAGAGAACAUGGUCCCGGUGGAGCUGAUGGCCUUUGACCAUCUUAUCACCAAAGACAAGCUCGAGCCUUCGGAUGUGCUCGAGGAGUGCCUUACGCCCACAACGCAGUUCACAACUCGCGCCUUCGCUGACUGCAACGUGGUGGACCUGCCAAAAGGUGCCGUUGUGCAGUUUGAGCGGAAGGCGUACUACCGACUGGACGCACCCUAUCGUGGUCAUGACACGUCGCCAAUGGUGUUUUUUGAGAUCCCUUCUGGUGGCAAAUGAACGGAGGGUUUUCUCACCGGGCCAGGGAAAUAUUUGCGCGCGUAGAUGUUCAGAAAGUGUACGGAGGCGAUAAAGCAGACAUGUCGGUACGCUCUGCGAGGGCAAUGUAGUUCCUAGCUGCAGGCCUAGCAGCUGCGUACUAUUAUGCAGAGAAAAUGCUGCCUGUUAACCAACAGUCACCUAUAAACUGCUGCUCUGCAAGACUCGUCCAUGGGACACCCUUUAAUGCCGUUGUCCAAUUCGCCGCGUGACCUGUGCGCUUUACUGCAUGAACGUCUUGGGUGGAGUGUUGAUGCUACCCCUUUUUAAGACCCGGUACGGCUAUCGCCUAGACCGGGCUUGCCGGCGGGCGUGCAAAUCAAAGCUUGGCUCGCUGAAUUUCGUCGCGUGUGAUCACCGCUUUCCCUCCCCCUCCCUCUCCUGUAUCUUACUUGUCCAGGGUGACAUCCUACUGUAUGACCUCCAAGACUGCUUACGGAUUCAUAAUAUACAAAUAUAAAGUUACGGGCUGCCUACUCGGGGAUUGAGUCAAUAACCAGGACAGUCCGAGAUAAUGUAGCCUCAAACAUAGGGCCC